AUGACACAAAAACAACUUGAUAAGGAAAGAGAAAGGGAUGCAGACAUCAAGAAGAUGUUGACCCAAAUGGAACUAUUACAAGAGCAUAUGAUGGAGAAUGUGGGAAAGCCCAAAGGGAAAAGUGGAGUGUUUAGAGUUGAGGAGUGUUCUUCCUCAGGUUAUUUAAAAUUGAGGGAGAAUCAAUGUUGGAACUCCAAGAGAUACGAGGAGGGUUUCCACCCAUGCUAUUUACAACAAUGUGAGAAUCAAGGUUGGAACUAUCACAAGGGGGAAGAGCAAAGAAGAUACUAUCAAGACUGGGCUGAGCAAAGUGAUUAUUGGAAAAUGGAGGAUGACCAUGUAGAGGACCACACUCACUCGAGUGAGAUCCCAAAAUCGAAAGGGAGUGCAAGUAGUCCCCGGGUGAAUGAUUUGCUGUCACGCAUCCUUGAUAAAGUUGAAGGUUUGGAUGAUUUAUUGAAAGGGAUGAAAGCUGACUUUUCAUCAUUGAACAAUAAAGUGAACUCUCACGCAGAUGCAAUCAAGAUACUUGAAGAUGAUGAUAGAGGGCUGGUUGUGGUUACUCAUAGUGGAAAGGUAGCAAUAGGCGAUGUGACAGGAAAUGAAGAAGCUCAAAUGCAUGAAGAAGACAAAGGUAUGGAGGAAGAAGAGACACCUAUCCAUCAAAGCAUUGCCAAAAGACCACAAAAAGAUGUGGAGAAACACAAUCCAAACCCAAAAGUUAUGCAAACUUUACCCAAAAUAUCUCCUCCAUUUCCCCAACGUCUCAAGAAGAAGAAUGAGGAUGAGAAGUUCAAGAAGUUUUUAUCGAUGUUCAAGACAUUAUCAAUUAAUCUCCCUCUAGUGGAAGCAUUGUUGGAAAUGCCGGAUGCUGAAAUUCCCAUCAUAUUGGGAAGACCAUUCUUGGCAACCGGGAGAGCGUUGGUAGAUAUUGAAAGCGGAGAACUGAAGUUUCGGGUGAACGAAGAUGAAGUAACCUUUAAUGUUUGUAAGUCAAUGAAACACCUAAGUGAUAUUCAUGUGGUCUCCACUGUUGAUGCUAUUGAUAAGGCGGUGGCUAGUCCAUCAAUAGAAGAACCACCAAAUUUGGAGUUAAAAGUACUUCCCUCCCAUCUCCAAUAUGCUUUCUUGGAGGCAAAUAACACCUUACCAGUGAUAAUUGCACCUGACUUGCUUGAAUGGAAAGUGAAAUUGCUCCUUGAGGUGUUGAGAAGGCAUAUCAAAGCUAUAGGUUGGACUAUCGCUGACAUAGUGGGCAUUCCUCCUGCGGAGAUUGAUCCACCGAUGGAAGAGGUGGUGAAAAAGGAUAUGAUAAAAUGGUUGGACGCAGGUGUGAUCUACCCUAUUGCGGAUAGCAAAUGGGAUGAAAUGCUUGAUCGACUCUCAGAGAGAGGUUGGUAUUGCUUUUUGUAUGGGUAUUCUUGUUAUAACCAAAUCUCCAUUGCUCUGGAAGACCAAGAGAAAACCACCUUCACCUGCCCAUAUGGAACUUUUACCUUCAAACGGAUGCCAUUCCGGUUAUGUAAUGCUCCGGCAACAUUUCAACAGUGCAUGUUAUCUAUUUUUGCUGACAUAGUGAAUGAUUCAAUGGAGGUAUUCAUAGAUGAUUUCUCGGUUGUGGGUGACACUUUUGAAUCAUGUUUAGCACACUUAGGACAAGUUCUCCAAAGAUGUGUGGAGAUAAAUUUGGUCCUAAAUUGGGAAAAAUGCCACUUCAUGGUUAAAAAAGGUAUAGUUCUUGGUCACAAAGUGUCACAAAAGGGGCUGGAGGUUGAUAAAGCGAAGAUUAAAGUAGUUGAGAAGUUACCACCACCAAUUUUGGUGAAGGGUGUUCGUAGUUUCUUGGGACAUGCCGGUUUUUACCGUAGGUUCAUCAAAGACUUCUCAAAGAUUGCACAUCCUCUAUGCAAAAUCUUGGAGAAAGAGGUGAAAUUCCACUUUGAUGAUGCUUGCAUGAUGGCUUUCAAGUGCUUGAAAGAAAAAUUGGUCUUCACCCCAGUUAUCAUUAGUUCCGAUCGGUCAGAAUCCUUCGAAGCAUACUUGCUAGGUACUAAAGUGGUUGUUCACACUGAUCAUGCUGCACCGCGUUAUCUGAUGGCGAAGAAGGAUGCCAACCCAAGAUUGAUAAGGUGGGUGCUACUAUUGCAAGAAUUCGACUUUGAAGUCAAAGAUAGGAAAGGUUGUGAAAAUCAGGUGGCUGACCACUUAUCAAGAUUGGAAGGCAAGGAACAUGACGAGCCAGAGAUCGACAUAAAUGAUUCUUUCCCCGAUGAACAGGUAUUCACAGUAACUCUCAAACAGCCUCCUUGGUAUGCUGAUUUUGCCAAUUAUGUUAAACAAGGUGGAGUGUCCAAAAGACACGAGUUGCCUUUUACGCCUAUUUUAGAAGUUGAGCUAUUUGAUGUUUGGGGAAUGGAUUUCAUGGGACCAUUUGUGAGUUCGUUUGGUAAUAAGUAUAUCUUGGUGGCCGUAGAUUAUGUUUCUAAAUGGAUGAAAGUUGUUGCACUUCCAAACAAUGAAGGGAAAAGUGUUGUUCAAUACCUGAAAUGCUACAUCUUUGCUAGAUUUGGUACUCCUUGGGCUAUUAUUAGUGAUAGGGGAUCUCACUUUUGCAACAAAUGGCUCUCAGCCGCAUUGAGUAAUUAUGGAGUGAAAGACAAAGUAGCAACUCCGUAUCAUCCCCAAACGAGCGACCAAGUUGAAGUGUCAAAUUAG